GUUAAAAACUGGAAAAAAGAAAACAAUUUUCGGAAUAUUUUCUUAAAUGUUUUCGAUUCCACUUGUCACUAAGAAGAUAAAAAAAUGAACUUAUCAUUCAAAGAAAGGUUCUUCCCGAAUGAAUGUCACAUUUGUCGGAGUAGACAAAAUCUACGAAUGUGUAAAUGCAACAUGAUUUCAUAUUGCUCCGAGAAACAUCGACUAGAACAUCUGCCAAUCCACGAACAUUUUUGCCAAACUGUAAAUAAAGUAUUAAAAGAGAAAGGAUUAUUGUACAUUAAUGAAAAGUUUACUACUAAAGAUGAAAACAAAUGGAAUAAUGGUUCAGAAGAUAUGCUUCAAUUUGAAACAAAAUUAGGAAGACGUAUGACUCCUUUGGAACUUUCAAUGUGGAUACGUCCCCGAGUUUGUUUUUAUUGUAAUAAUUUUCCACAAAUGUUGUCUGACUGUCCAAAGUGUCCAAUUGCAAGUUUUUGUUAUAUUCACUAUAGAAUUAACUAUAGUAACGAAUACCAUGAUAAUUGUACACUAAUGAAUAGAUAUUUAAAAACAUUAUCACUAUUAGACGAACUAAACAUUGACAUGCAAUUUUUACCAUCAUAUUUUCCAUAUACUACAGAAGAGAGAUUUGAAUUCUUAGAUCCACUCACUUAUUCAAUGAAUGAUUCUUCUUCUGAUUCACAAUGCAAAGAGUCAAUAUCUACGAAACAAAGUUUAUUGGAUUUUAUUAACAUUGCUUCAAGAUUGAGUUUUGCUUUAACAAAGAUAUACAACACAAUGCCAGAGAAAAUUGUUCUUCAUAUCGAUGCAUUUACCCAUGAUCACGCAAUUAUAAACGCAAAUUAUUGGGAAUUUCUUUUACAUGUUUAUCCAAAGAUAAGGAAUUUAAAAAUUAUCAUCACUGGAAGUAGGUUAUUACAAAACAGUUUGAUGAAUUAUUCGCUUUGUGAAAAAUGUGUAAAACUGGAGAAAACAUUGUCUGUUGAAAAGUAUUCAUCGACCUACGAAGAUUAUGUUUUAAAAAGCUAUUAUCAACUACCGGAUGUUCUUUUUCAUUUCAGAAUUGCGAAUGAUUACAAUUUUAAAAGGUUUAAUGCAUGGAAUAGAAUUGGUUGCCCCAUUAUUUUAUUGGCUGAUUCAGAAUUUAAUCGCUGUAAAAAGCACUAUUUUCAUUCGUUUUUGUUUGGAAAUUUUCAAAUUAUUUUCAAUGGAAAAAUUAACACAGUUAUUAAUGAAGAAGGUGAAUUUGAUAUAGACAGUUAUUUCAUCAUUUUUGAAUCAAGAAAAAUUAAAAAACAGCAAGAAUUGAAUUCAUCGAUCGAUGAAGUGGCGAAAUUGAAACAAGAAUUGAACUCAUCGACCGUUGAAGUGGCGAAAUUGAAACAAAAAUUGAAUUUAUCGACCCUUGAAGUGGCGAAAUUGAAUUCAUCGACCGAUGAAGUGGCGAGAUUGAAACAAAAAUUGAAUUCAUCGACCGAUGAAGUGGCGAAAUUGAAACAAAAAUUGAAUUCAUCUACCGAUGAAGUGGCGAAAUUGAAACAAAAAUUGAAUUCAUCUACCGAUGAAGUGGGGAAAUUGAAACAAGAAUUGAAUUCAUCGACCGAUGAAGUGGCAAAAUUACAACAAGAAUUGAAUUCAUCGACCGAUGAAGUGGCGAAAUUGCAGAAGAGAAUUGAGGAAUUUGAGAAAAGUGAUUUUCAAUUAAAGGAAAAAAUUCAAUCGAUAGACGAAAUAUUCCAAACAUUGAAGAUGGAGACGUUGCUUCAGGUUGAGAAGGAAAAUUCAUAAAUUUCUUUUAAAAAAAGUACUUAUUAACAUAUUUUUCUUAUUGGAAUCAAUAUGUCCAUUUAUAUAUUUAUUUUACUUAUGUCAUUAGAAAAAUUUCUUCUGUAUUCUUCAUUGAAUCUCUAAACUAAUGUAAAAAUUAUUUAAUUAUUAUUGCAAAUAUUUACAAGGAUAUUUGUCGAAUAGUGUCGAUAAUUGAAUCAUACUGAACUAUAAGAAUUUAGUGUGUUAUUUCAAUUCAUAAAAAAUAUUUUUCUAUAAGAAAUAAAGAGAUUUACACUAUACAUAGAAAUUAAUAAAGUAUUAAAGUUUGUCAUCGCUUUAA